CACACACAUACAAAGACGCCGAUCCGUGAGUUUCAGCAGCUCUCCGUGUUUUCCAGGCUUCCUCUGUCUCGUCCCACUCACACUCUCUGUCAGAGCGCGGCGUUGACAGCCACUGGCCACUGAUCAGCCCACUUUGUCGGGGUCUGUGUCUCCAUGCAACACUGCUGAGAAAGAAGCUCCGACUCUCGCUCUUUAUUUGUUGCUUUUCAGUGCAAAGCAAACACCCGCAGCCGAACAAGCGAGCCCGUGCACGGCAUCGAAAGCACAACAAGUGACAAAAGCCUCUUUAAGUCCAUUUUUGAUUCCAGACUCAACUGUGUCCCUCAGCUCCCUGCAACUAUGUCUGGAGAGGACGCACCUGCCCAGCAGCAAAACGACGUGGACCAGAAGCAGGAGACCAAACCAGCGGAGGAGCCCAAACCCGAGCCGCCCAAGACGGAGGUCGCUCCCGCCGGCGCGGCGGAGGCAGAGGCUGCACCCGCGGCCGCCACCGAGAAGGUCCCCGAGGAGGAGACGUUCAGCUACCGCGCGCUGGUGCUCACCGGCUACGGCGGCUAUGAUAAAGUCAAGCUGCAGGUGAAGAAGGGGAAGCCGGUGCUCAAGGCCGGAGAGGUGAUGGUGCGGGUCAAGGCUUGCGGGCUGAACUUCGCCGACUUGAUGGCCAGGCAGGGGCUGUACGACCGCCUGCCGUCCCCGCCGGUCACCCCGGGGAUGGAGUGCUCCGGGGUGGUGGAGGCUGUAGGGGAAGAAGUGACAGAAAGAAAAGUCGGCGACAAGGUGAUGGUGCUGAGCCGUUUCGGCCUCUGGCAGGAGGUGGCGGCGGUGCCGGCGAGCCACACCUUCCUCAUCCCGGAGGGCAUGAGCUUCGAGGAGGCAGCGGCGCUUCCUGUCAACUUCAUCACCGCCUACAUGAUGCUGUUUGACUUUGGCAACCUCCGGCCCAACCAGAGCGUGCUCAUCCAUGCUGCUGCAGGUGGUGUCGGCAUCGCAGCCACCCAGCUGUGCAAGACAGUGAAGGAUGUGACUGUGUUCGGCACCGCAUCAGCCAGCAAGCACGAGACCAUCGGAGAGGGCGGGGUCACGCAUCCCAUCGACUAUCGCACCAAGGACUACGUGGAGGAAGUUCGCAAGAUCAGUCCAAAAGGGCUGGACAUUAUCCUGGACCCUCUCGGAGGAUCGGACACCCAUAAGGCCUACAACCUGCUGAAGCCUAUGGGCAAACUUAUCACCUAUGGUGCGGCGAACAUGCUGGCGGGCCAGAAGAAGAACCUGAUCGCCGUGGCCAAGAACUGGUACCACCAGUUCUCCAUCCACACACUCAGCCUCAUCCAGGGGAACAAGUCGGUGUGCGGCUUCCACCUGGGCUACCUGGACGGGGAGACCGAGCUCAUCACGGAGGCCAUGAACAUCAUCCUGGAUCUGUACAAGCAGGGAAAGGUCAAGCCCCGCAUUGACUCCACUUGGCAUCUUGAGCAGGUGGGCGAUGCCAUGAGGAAGAUGCAGGAGAGGAACAACAUUGGCAAAGUCAUCCUCAGCACGGAGCCAAUGCCCGAGGAGGAGAAGAAGGAGGAGCCUAAGAAGGAGGACAAGAAAGAGGAAAAGAAGAAGGAAGAGAAGAAGAAGGACGACAAGAAGAAGGAGGAGCCCAAGAAAGAGGAGAAGAAGGACGACAAGAAGAAGGAGGAGCCCAAGAAGGAGGAGCCUAAGAAGGAGGAGGCCAAGAAGGAGGAAGAGAAGAAGGAGGAGGUCAAGAAGGAGGAGAAGUGAGGGGGAGGGAUUGAUAGUCAAGCAGACCAGCAGGGAGUUUGUGUCCUGGGAGCACGGGGAGUGGGAUGGUGGGGUGGGGUGACGGAUGGGGAUGGGGCAGCAGGGGGGGAGGGUGGAGCAUAAGCAAGAACGGGAAGGAGUUAGAGGGCUAGAUUACAAAAUGAUCUCACCACUGUCAGUCUUAUACAUCUCUUCUGCUUCAGCCUCUCGAGUCCACACUGGCACCGGUCACUCAGGCCUGGCUCCACCCACGCCCUCUCGCUUACCAUUUUCUAACCAAACAAAAAAUGAUCCAAUCACUUUUCCCACCCUGGGUGCUCCGAACUUUUCCCCUUGCCUCACUCCUUGCGACACCUGAAGGAUUUUUCUUCUCCUAUUCGGAACGACUGAGACAAGGGAGCCGUGGAGGACUGUGGGUAGGGUCCAGGCUCGGGGGAGCUAGUGGUGGUGGUGGUGGUGCAGGGGGGUUGUUUCCUUGACAACUGUUAAUUCCCCCCUGCCGACCCGUGCCACGGCCCCGCCCUCACCCUCCCCCCCAUGCCUCUCAGCACCUCAACUCCCACUGUGCUAAAUUG